CUGCCUAUAUAUACUACUAUACCCAACCAAACAGAGCAUUCAAACAACGCCAUUUCUCUCUCUCGUAUUCUCAAUCCUUCUCUCUCCUAUUCUGAAGUUUCCUUUUCGUGUAGUACUCAGGCUAUCAAGCGAGAAAUGGCUAGCAAUGGCAAAACCGUAAAUCCAACGCCUUCUCUUGGAGAGCUGGUAACGGUGCUGAGCAUCGACGGUGGAGGUGUGCGGGGCAUAAUCCCUGGGACCAUACUCGCCUUUCUUGAAUCCAAACUCCAGGAGCUGGACGGCGAGGACGCGAGGCUGGCAGACUACUUCGAUCUAAUCGCAGGAACUAGCACAGGAGGGCUAGUGACCACCAUGCUUGCAGCUCCGGACAAGGACAACCGUCCUCUCUUUGCUGCCAACGAUAUCAAUGAAUUCUACCUAGAGAACUGCCCUAAGAUUUUUCCUCAAAAUAGAUCGGGGGUUUUGAGUUCUGUAAAGAGCUUGUUUGGUGCAAUCUCCGGGCCCAAGUAUGAUGGCAAGUUCCUACAUUCCAAAGUUCAACAACUACUGGGCCAGACGAGGAUCCAGGACACUUUAACCAAGAUCCUUAUCCCCACUUUCGAUAUCAAGCUUCUUCAACCGUCCAUCUUCAAUACCUACGAAGCAAGAACUGAUGCUUCAAUGAACGCCCUUCUAUCGGAUAUCUGCAUAAGUACGUCUGCAGCUCCAACAUAUCUUCCUGCUCGCUACUUUGAAACUAAUGACACCCAGGGUAAAAUUCGAGGGUUCAAUCUUAUCGAUGGUGGAGUCGCAGCUAAUAAUCCAACGUUAAUGGCUAUUAGUCAUAUAAGCAAGGAGAUUCAUGUGGAAAACAUGGAUUUCUUUCCGAUGAAGACGAUAGACUGUCGCAAACUCUUGGUUAUCUCUUUGGGCACUGGAGCGGGUAAGCAAGAACAGAGAUACAGUGCAAGUAGUGCCUCCAAAUGGGGUGUGCUUGGAUGGCUGUACAAUGGCAGUGGGACGCCUUUGAUUGACACUUUCAGCCAAGCAAGCGCCGAUUUGGUUGAUAUCCACACCUCCGUUCUCUUCGAAGUACUCCAAGCCGAAAAGAAUUACCUUCGCAUACAGGAGGACUCAUUAACUGGAGAUGCAUCAUCAGUCGACAUUUCGACAAAGGAGAACUUGGAGAAUCUAGUGGAGAUUGGGAAGAAGCUCCUGAAGAAGCCGGUGUCAAGGGUGAACUUAGAAACAGGCUUGUCUAAAGAGGUGCAAGGCGAGGGAACUAAUGAAGAUGCAUUGGCUCGCUUCGCCAAGCUUCUCUCCAACGAACGAAAACUGAGGCUGGCCAAAAUUCCUGUCCAUUGACGAAUUACCCACAUCGACGCUCUUCCUCAAGGGAAUUUGCAGCUCAUUAUGUUGUAGUUAGGGUUUCUCAAGAUUCAAGAUGUUUGCUUUGUAACUUUGAACUGUGUUUUGGAAUAUACCUUGUUAAUCUCAUGAAUUAUUUAUCUUUCCUUCAUCAUCUUUAUUUAUAUUCCUUAUUGUUAUCUAUAUUCAUAAAAUGGAUAUGAAAUGAGAUGAGUUUGGUUUGGA